AUGAAAAAGAAAGCCAAAGAUGAAGCGCCGGAGAUGUUCGGAGUUCAACACAAAUGCCCUUAUGAUGUGCUUUUGUACGCGUCGUAUAUCACCACGUUGGAUCUGCGAACUUACAGGGGACCUUUGGUGGCUGACGACGAGGCAAGGUUGGAAAUUAAGAGAAUGAAGGGCAAGUUGAAAUAAAAUUAUUUAAGGUUGUAUUUUAAUUUCUUUUCAGGUGAAGAAAAGGCCAUCAAAUUGUGGAAUGAGACGAAAGAAGUGAUGGUCCGGCUAGCGGAGCUAAUCAAAGAGUAAGUUGGGGAUUGUAUAUGGACCUUUCUAACCGCAACUUGCCCAGUACUAGUCCUUCAGGAAAGUUGCCGGACUGAAAUUAGCAACUAAGGAAAAUUUUUUUGCACUGUGCAAUUUCGUGCUUUUUGCACCGCGAAAUCGUUUUUCGCACUUUGAUUUUUCGGGUCAGCGACACUUUCAAGACAACAAUACUAAAGAAAAAGUAAACAUAUUUCAAGCCGUCACCAAGUCUCCGCCGAGCCUUCGCGGAGCGUCGGCCGGUCAUCCAACGGCUUUGCCAGGCCUCGUAGGGAUUUCCUAAAACUUUUUUUUGGUAUUCACUUACACUAUGCCCCAUAUCGAUCGGUUUUGCGUCGAGCCGAACUGUCGCUGAUCCGAAAAGUCGGGACACGAAGAGUUGAGUUCCACGAUUUCGCGUUUCCAAAUUUUUACAGGCUACCCCAAUUAAGUAACAAAAUUUUGAUUGUCGCAGGAGAGAAAAGACCCUAAACUAGAAAGACCUUGAGUUUUAUUGGCCAGAAAAUACAGUGACGGAUGGCAAAAAACGUACCAUGCAUCCGAGAAGUAUUAAAAAAUGUGGCAAAAUGCCUCCCUCGCCAACUAAAAAAACUUCGUAUAGGUAUUUUGCUACAUUUUUUGAUACUUUCCGGAUGCAAAAUGGAGCGUUUUUUGCCACUAGAUCUGGUCCUCCACUGUAUCUUGUGUCAAAUUUUUCCGCUUACAAAAAGUAGCCUCUAAUAGCCUUGUUCUCAGGAAAAAUCUCGACCAACUUAUCUGCAACGCCCAUCAGCUCGCCGAAUUGCCGACAACUCUAACUGCAACUCGUCUUCAUGUCCGCGGUUCCUAUUUAUCAGUGCAGACGCGCAAAGACAAAGUGAAUGCCAUCAUUUUUGACGGUGGAUCGCUUGAUGAAGUCUUGUGUAUUUCCUCGUAAGUUUUCUUGUUCAGGAGAGGUUUGUUUCAGGGGUCGAAAAUACGAUCACAUUGAGAAAUUGUUGUUCACGUUCUCCGAGGGUUACAUGUGGUACACCAUCAGCGACGUGGACAAGCUUCAAGAGUAUUUCCCGAAGCUGUGCAAAAUCAAGGCGACUGCUAACUUUGUAGGUGAAGACGAUGAUUUUUAAUAAAACACAAGAGAUUACGGACCUGAUCCAUUGGCAAAAAAAGCGUACCAUUCUGCAUCCGAGGAGUAUCAAAAAAUGUGACAAAAUGCCUCCCUCUCCAAGCAAAAAAAAACUGUUUUGAAGGGCCCUCACAAAAAGAGCGGGCGCGCUUUUGAAAUCGGAGUUUUUUCACUUGGAGAGGGAGGUGUUUUGAUAAAUUUUUUGACACCUCCCGGACGCAAAAUGAUACGUUUUUUGCCACUGGAUCAGGUCCGUCACUGUACUUCCUGUAAGUUCAGGGCAACCGAACAGAGUUUCCUCUGCUUGAUGACCUAAUGCGGACCCCAUUCAAACGCAAAAUGAAGAUUGUUCUCAACGCUCUGGAUGAUGUAGGUUAGCUAGAAUUAUACAUAUUAUUAUAUCAAUAUUGUUAUAUAUUUCUAAUAAAAAGCUUAUUAAUAUGUUUCAGUCCAAAGAACAAGCCAUUCAAGCCACUCUCAGCAACAUUAGCGACUGGAUUCUCCGAGAUCCCAACAUUACGGUAGAGUUUCGAUUCAUCGACUCCUUCGAGAUGAUUCACAGGAUUGAAGAGAGGUUUCUCACCGGCUUCGACACUUCGGUGGAUGCGGAACAUUGCACCAGAAUCUAUGCAAAAGACAGAUUGAAAGUCAAAGUUUUGGAUAAUCAAGUAAGUAGAUUGAUCUUGAUUAAAAUGCUUGUAGUUCUACGCGCAUCCUGUGCCAUUCUCUCCAUAA